AUGGCUUUUACAUGUUUUCAUUAUAUACGAGGUGAAACAUUGAUCUACUCAAGAGCGCCUCAGGGAUCGGUACUGGGAUCGCUCUUCUUUCUCCGAUACAGUGCGCCGCCGCAGUGUGCCAAGGUCGGUACCAAGCAGCGCCGCGCCGCGCUGCCUCUCUCCCCCACCAUCGCUGUACCACGACGUGUAGCACGGCCUGGCCACAACCGGACCCGGCACCCAGCCCCCCACCCAGAGGUCCGGACGACAGCGGCGUCCAGGCCAGUGGUGCCAUGGGACCGUGCAGACAGCUCCACACCGCCGACUUAUGAUCUGAGACACAAAAUGCCUGAUGGAUGCCAAUCAGCUGGCGACCUAAACAACAACGGAGGCGGAGCCAAGUGUGGGAGUGGGGCGUGCUACGGUGGGGGCGUGUCCAGUGGGGCGGGGUCAGGCUCGACCACGCCUCCCAGGAGAGUCCAAGUCACCGCCAAGAUACUUUUCGGCUCCGUCUCCGCUAUCUCCACGAUGAAACACAAUGAGAAGAUGCAGCGGAAGAAAUCCCAAUGACAAUAACUGCCGAGUCUAGCUCUGGUGUUCCGACUAUCUGAACAUUGGAUACUGAACGAUUCUUUGUCUGAAGGCAAAAAAAACACCCAGACGUCAAACUUGGAGGAACCUAUAUGAUCAAGUUAUUGAAAACGGCUGUCUACUUAAUUUAUCACUCUCUUUAAUAACACUGUACUUGGAUCUACAAUUAUACAAAUGUAAAAUAUUGUACAAAAUUAUACAGAAUUGACUUAUACUUGUAUGUACUUUUGUGAAAUGAAAAAAAUAAAAACGGAUUGUUUUAAUAUAGUAGCAAUUUUAUAUAAUUUCAUCCUAGUUAGACAUAGUGCUUUCAUUUUAAAAUAUUUGCUUGUAAAAAGUUUAGCUAUUUGACAUUUUUAAACAUAGCUUGGUGAUGGAUACUGUACAAUAUACUUUAAUUAGUUUUAUAUGUCCUAAAUUGAUUGUUGUUCGUGAUCGAUAUAUAAUAAGAAAGUUGAUUAAAUAUGUCUUAUGUUAUUUGCUUACAGAAUAAAAGAUUGUUGUAUGACAAUCAUCUUUUUGUGUAAGAACUAGUCAUAAGGCUCCAAAAAAUGAUUACACGAUUUAAUUUUUAGUUUUAUGUACAACAGAUCCAAUGUUUAACAACAAUACUACUUUGUAUUCUAAAAAUGUAAUUUUAGCUUUGAUCGGUCACUCUAGUGGUCAAGGAAUACAAUUUAAAAGUUUCAUUAAAAAAUUCCACUUACAUAAAAUAUUAAAAUAACAAACAUAAAGUUAUUUUUAAUACUUAUUUCUAGAGUAUGGUUGUGAAAGUUUCUUUUUCAUAAUAAGCUUAAUAUGAAUUGAUAAUUUUUCUUUAUUAACUGUGGACUAAUUUUAUAUUAGUUUAUUAUUGCCUUGUACAAAUCUGUCUAAACAUUUUGUGGAGCCUUAGAACAUUUUUGGUUUGUUAUUAAGCCUUGUUAGGUCCUGUCUCAUUUUAAAACACUCUAUAAUAUGUAAACAAAUCAAAGAUCUAUAAGCCCAUUGUUAUUUUAAUGAAACAUACAUCGUAUGCGUUUAUUUCAAUACAUACCACAGUAAUGAGUAAUAUAAAAUGCUUCUAUUAGUAACUUUACCCCAGAUAAGUGUAUUACCAUAUUCUAAAUUACACAAUAGUAUGAUACAUUCUUCUAAUGUAUUUUCACUUUGAAGUUUGGAGCCAGGACCUAUUUGGAGUGUACGAAUAGAAUUAUUGGGAAGCAAGAUAUAAUUAAUUGUAAUUUUAAAUGUAAUAAAUAUUUGAUAUAUCUGUGUAAUUUAUUUAUUUUUAUAUUAUUUUAUAUGUUCUAAUAUAUUUAUAGUUUGUCUGUAAAACAUACUCUCUAGUAGGUGGUAUAUGUUAGGCAAUGCAUUUUGCUAUUUAUUUAGUGUUGUACAGAAAUGAAUGAUUAAAAAUGACUAAUCUUUAUCAAUGUUUUGUAAUUAAUAAUAAUAAGUUACUUCAUAGAUUUAAAAACAGCUAUUCAUAUUAUGUCAAUGUAUUUAAAAUUGUUGUACCAUAUAUAAACAUAAUUAUGUACAAAUGAAUGUGAAUUUAUUGAUAAAGCCUAAAGAAUAUAAGUGUUUCACAUUAAUGCAAAAAUAGUAAGAUAAUUAAAUAAAGUUCACUGUAUUACACACUUCUGUAUAUUAAUGAUAACUGUAUCAUAUGUAAAUUUACUAUUUAAAAUAUUGUAUUAAAAGUGUACAUUAUUUUAAACUGAC